CUGCCUCACCACGCAGAUGCCCCUUCUGGGCACGAGGACGUCCUUGACUUCGACGUGAGACGCAAACUGGCGGACCUGAACGCCACGUGGUCUGACCUGGAGAGCCUCAUCUUUGCUGACGAAGUGAAGAGAAACGAGAUGGAGGCAGCCACGGAGAGCGUGCUGCCCAUGAGCCGUAUGGAAGGCUACCGGGGCGGCGAGGACCUGCUGUGGGAGCAGCUGGCCAAGAUGAGGCGCAGUACAGCCCCCGAGGACCAGGAGCGCUGGCAGCUGGAGAAGACCAAGAGGAUGCUGUUGUGGAUCCACCUGAGCGGCGACAACACCUACGCCAGGUGGUGCCACGGCAGCCGCUGGUGGAAGGCCAAACAACGAGCCUCAGUGGCCUGGAUUGUGCAGAAAGCCCACAAGAACAAGGUGCCGACAGACCUCCAGGACCCGUACUACCGCGACUAUGAGGGAGUGGAGCACCUCAAGCCGGGCAUUGUGCACACGCUGGCCAAUGCAGACCUGUACUGCUCAGCGCUGGCCAACAUCUAUGGUGACCCCAACUUCCACAACCUUAGCCACUGGAACAUCAUCCAGGCACUGGCCCGGAAAGGGGUGUACGUGGCGGAGCCCACCGACGUGGCGCUCACCGAGACCGUCCUCAUUCAGGUCUCCCCCAUCAAAAUGUCUGCUCAUUUGGCUGUGAUAGAGGCCAUGAUGGCACUGUACAUCCGGGAGGUGGUGGUGGCAGAGCGGGUGGUGUCGGUGCUGCAGCGGGUGGGGGGUGGGGCAGUGCCGGAGCGGACGCCCCAGGAUCAGGAGGAGGCGUUGGUGCUGUGGGUGAGCUGCAUCACCCAGGCACUGCAGGACCGCAUCCACCACCACGCACAAGCACAGGAGCAGGAGUUGCCAGUGUUUCCUCGCAUCCAGGACCUGAGUGAUCUAAGUGACGGCAUAGGCCUGGCAGCACUGGUGGCCUUCUACUGCCCUCAGGAGCUCUCAUGGCAGGACAUUGCCGUGGCCGAUCCUCCCUCCAUUGCUGACUCCCUCUAUAAUGUUGGCCUAGUGAUCAGGUUCUGUCAAGAGAGUCUCCCCUACAACCCUUGUCUCCUAACCAAAGAAGAUGUUGUAUAUAUGCACAGUUCAGUGAAACAGAAUGUGUUGGCAUUUGCUGCUGAGCUGUUUUUCCUUUUGGAGCUUGAGCCAGUGUCCUGUGUGUCUCUGCCUGGCAGCAGAAAGAUGUCUGCCAAAUAUAUCCAGCUGUCUUCACCAGGUGGUGGUGGUGGGUGUAGCGGCUGGAGUGGGUACCACAGAAGCAUGAAGGUUAUUCCAGACCUCCGGGCGAGUCUCUCGCCUUCUUCUGCCCACUCCACUGCUUCCUCCUCCUACUCUUCUGCCCGGUCCUCUACCCACUCCCAGCAGAGGUCUCCCUAUUCCACGCUGAGAGGUCGGGGUGGAGGCAAAUCACCAUCCUCGGGGGAAAGCGGAUCAGGCUCAGGGACAGGGACAGGGUUAAGGCGGCAGCAGUCCCUGACGGAGCGGGAGCGGCCACGCAGGGACAGAGCCUCCGUUCAUGAGGGUGACGAGGAGGGAGCAUGUGGGGGUUUCAACUGGGUGUCUAUAUACCCACAAUGGUGGUGGUCAUGCAAUCACAAAGUGACAGACCGAGAGUGUAUUUACUGCUGGCGGCAGUACCAGUCGCAGCCAUUUGGCGACCAGUACUCUUACUACCUGGCCUCGGCCCAAACCUGCCAGCCCUCAGGGCACAUCCCGGCAGCAGGGGCCGGGUCGGGCCACGGCCAAGGGCACAGCUACGGCCCAGGCCUUCCUCAGGGCCUCAGCUACAACAUUCCGGCUCGAGACGCUCCGGCUCACCAUCACCACCACCCUUCUGGUCACGGCCUGUCACAUGAGCGUGUUAGGGCACGGGCCAGCCACCCAAUCCGCUUAGAGGCCUAUGCCAUGAAGCCAGCCGGAGCUCCAAGUGUCCGCCGCUCACAGUCCAUGAACCUCAAUGACAUGACGGACCAGCGGGUGCGCCUUGACCACCGGCAGCCAGAGAGGUUCGAGAACACCCCUUCCUCCUACAAUAGCGACUAUGGUGGCCGAGACAGUUCAAUGAGUGACGGACAGGAAGGAGACUUUGUAGUGCAGCGGUCCAAGGGUCUGUCCACACUGAGUGACAUGAUGCGGACACAGUCUCCACGCCCCUCCCACGACUUCGACAACAUCCCAUACUCAUCCAGAUCUGCUGCAAAGGAGAAACUGAAUAUGGACAGCAAAGAGGAGGAGCUUGGAGAAAGAAGCAGAGGUCUGGGGCGACGGGGAAGCUUUAACAACUCCCACCCAGACCUCCCUGCUGCUGGCAUGCCCUCCCGGUAUGAGGAGCGGCCACAUGGGCGCUCCAGGUCACGACGCAACUCCAUCAGUGCUGAGGACUCCCAGCUGACCAUAGAAAACUUUGGUGGGAGUCAAGAUAAUUUGAAUUACAUUUCUAGAAAUCCUGAUAAGGAGCAGUUUGUCCAUUCUGGGAGAAGAGAGAGCUCAAAUAUGGAAGGUCCACUGUCCAGGGAGUCUAGGGAGGGAAGCAUGAGGCCAGAGUCUCGAAGUAGUCGUGAGCGAAGUGUUGAGAGACGACUGGACUUGCACCGGGGAAGCACAGAGGAACUAGACAAUCGUUACGUGGACAAAUUAGAGAAAGAGGCUCUAGAGCGGGAGAAACGUGACUUGUCAAUGUAUGCCAGUAAAGAGAAACUGUUGGUGCAAGACCAAAUGAAAAGUACCAUAGAGGUUGCAGACUCGGGUAGUGAGAGUGAUGUUUCCUUUGAUAGAGAUAAGCAGAUGGUGAAGGCCACUAGUUUUGCAGAAUUAUCAAAGUUGAAAGAGCAACUACCAAGUGGUAUCAAUAUCAUAUAUAUGCAGUCAGAUAAAGAUGAUGGCUCCAAGAGAAGCAGCAAAGGCUCAGAGAAAAAGACCACUUUUGCUGCACUGCCUAACCAGACCACCUGGAAGCAGCAGACAGCACAGAGCCAUUCUGAUGACAACAAGUCAGCAAGUGCAGAUGAAAACAUGGAGCCUCAAGUGAUGGCAUCAGAGCUGCACAAUGUAAGGCUGAAGUUGGAGGAGAAGAGGCGGAGGAUAGAGAAUGAGAAGAGGAAGAUGGAGCAAGCAAUGAACAACCAGCGACAGAAGCUUGGCAAGGAGGCAUUCAUGCAGGCUGUGGUGAAGGGGGGCAAAGGGUCCUCCACUGGGUCCUCAACACCCACCACCUCAGACCCUGAUGCUCAGGACACUAUGGUGGACUCAGUGGAACAGUCCGUACCCAAACAUCCUUCCUCUAACGUCAUCACAGCCACUCAACUUAAUCCAGACUUGUCACUAAAGGACAUAAGCUCUGAAGUGAACAAUGUGUCGCGGCGGUGGCUGGAGGGGGAGGCCCAGAGUGAGGAGGUGCAGACUCCUGACUUGGACACGAUGGACUAUGACCAGUAUCACCAGUCCCUAACUCAUGGGGAGAGUGGUAUGGAGGGUUCUCGACGCUCUUCCAUGGACAACCCUUAUGCAGCACAGUUGCGGCGAAAAUCUUACGUAGGGCCAGAUCCCCGAGAACGGACUCCCACACGCACCCCCAGACCGGAUCUGCGUCGCAUGAGCCUUUACCUCGAGCCUGGCACCUGGCGCGCCGGCCACGACCUGGGGCUGGUCCCAUCAGCACCCUCGCGUCGCAUCUCCAUGGGCCCAGACUCUUUUACACCACCUUACAGGAUGACAGAUUCCCUCACGGAGAUCCAGGGUGACAUCCAGCGCCUCUCUCAUCAGCAGCAGCAGAUUCAGAGCCUCAUGCACAACGGAAUGAACUCACCAGCUGGCCAAUCAAUGCAGCAGCCACCAGGACAGUUUUACCUCCAUGACCAGCAGCAGAGCAGUCCUGUGAGACGGCUAUGGGGGCAGCAGCAGCCACCCGGUGACAGCUACGCCUCCAUGUCUCCUGCAUCCCGGCGAGCCCAGUGGGGCCCUGCCAGACCAACUAAAAAGUCUCGGAUGGACUCAGACCGGUGUAGCAGUUCAUGUGAGGGCUGUGAGUGUGACUCCUCUUCCUGCUGUUGCUCCCCCAGCGAGGAACACCACAAUGACAACUCUCUUUCCCUGUUUCCUGAUGUGAUUCAAGCCAAGCAUGGCCAGGAGGAUGCCCACCUCAAAGAAACUAUGACCAUAAUAAAACAUGACUUAGAAAAACACCCAGAGACCAAGACAGGUACCAGACCAGCCACCAGACAUUCAGGACUUUUUCGUCAGCUGUCUGUGCUGAUGAAAAAUACCAAGAAAAAGCUAAAGCCGAUGAUGCCUCAAGGGGACUACAUGAUGGCACCACAGCACCCUGGCUACUACCCUGGCUACCAGAUGAAUCACAUGGGCCAGAUGCCGCCGCAGCCCCCCAUGCCCUCAGGCGCUGGCCAGGGUUUCAUGCUGCACGGUCAGCCUCAGUCCCUCCCCCACCACAACAUGUACCAGAAUGGACAAGGAUACUACAGCCCAGAGCACCAGUAUAGAGGUUAUCCUUCCACUGCACAAAGCUAUGGCUCCAGUGACCAGCAGAGACAGAUGGGGCAGACCCCUCCCUUCAGAUUACACAGGGAAGGUGGGAGUAGUGGUGGUGGUGAGAGUUGGGGAGGAAGUGGGGGAGACAGUCGGGGUCCCAGCAGCCUUAGAUCCAGUGCACAGUCAUCUCCAAGCAGACAGCCUAUGCAGCGACAGCAGAAGUCCCCCAGUCCCCCACGGCAGCCUCCUGUCUCCCACCACGCCCCUGUGGCCGCCCCUCCUCCAGAUGACAUGGAGCCACAGAGUGUCUCCUUCAUUAACUCCACAGAUGACCAGAACAGUGAAAAUCAAAGAGAUGAUAGUGACAUGAAUGAUAAAUUUAAGAGAUUAUCCAUCACCUCUGGCAGUAAAACUUACCGCAUCUCUCAUGAGCCAGGCUCACCAACCAGACCAAGCUUGGGGGUCAAAACAUACAGGGUUCCCACUAAGAGAGGGACACCAGUCAUUGACAAUGUUGACCUCCCUCAGCCUGCUCCCCCACAAAGGUCACGGACUCCUCCCUACCACCAAGACAAUGGCAAUGAGGAUGAUGACGAAUUGAAUAUAAAAGCUGAGCCUCUCCAAGAAGGUGUUAAAGGUGACAAAGGAUUUUAUAUUUCUUUUGAUAGUGACUCAGGGCCCCGGAAACCAAAACCACAAUUGAGAAGCAAAAAAAUGUCCCGGAAAAAUUCCAGUCCUUCUACACCAGCAACAACACCAAGCAAAGAAGAACUUCCAGUUAUACCUAACCGACCCAGUCGGACCUCCAAUGACUCCUUAGACCACCACCAUGGCAGCAUGAUCCCACAUAGUACCCCCAGCAUGGCCCAAUGUACUUUUGCUCCCACUAGUCCAAAGUCAGACAUGAAGGGUGGCUGGCCACCACCACAGGCCAAUGGGUUGGUCCAUAAACCUCCCUCUGAACCUGAGAGAGAGGAGGAGCAUGAGCCUGCUUCCUCACAGCCAGAGGAGGUGACUACUUUGUCCAAUAAGAGCAGAAGCAAAGAACCAAGUGCUGCUAUGGCUUUAGUCAUUGGAGAAGACAUAGCUGACGCCGAGAAUUCUAGUGCAUCCGAGAUGGAGAGGAAGAAGGAAAGGCUGAUGAUGCUGUCCAUGAAGCGCAAACAGGAACAGGAGGAGGCCAGAUUAAGGAAGGAGAUGGAAGCUCAAGAGAAGAGAGAAGCAGAGAAAUUAAAAGAGGAAGAGAAACUGCGGAAAAAGGAAGAAGAGAAAGCUCGGAGGCAAAUGAUUCUCGAGAGAUAUAAAAUCAAGAAAGCCAUGGAAGAGGCUGAGAAAGAGGGUCGCUACUAUGAACCUCCCCCUGGCAUGAGCCCAGACCCGCCAAGUUCCUCCCAUGGUAAACCAUCCGUGAGACUAAGAAACAAGCCACCAGGAGGAGGCGGAGGGCGGCCCCGGCCUAAAACCAUGGCCGGCUCCUCUGUGCCAGAUGUCACUGAUGAAAUGAUGUAUCCCAGCCAUAGCAAGAAGGGCAGCACCCAGAAUAUAGCUGGGGAGGUUGGGAGGAGAGGCGAUGGCGGUGGGCCCGGCAGUAUGAGGAAGAGCAGUGGACGCUGGGGCUCCUCCCACUCCCUGUCCCGUGCAUCCGGCUCUCGUGGGUCCAACUCCAGCCUCACCGGAGGUAUCACCCACUCUCUUUCAAACUACCCCAGCACCUCGCGCACCCUGGACCGAGGUCAUACUGGCAGGCGACCCACCUCAGUCAUUGGGUAUUCCUCCCUGGCACGUGGGGAGGACAGGAAGCCUUCACUGUAUAGGUCCCAAGGUGCGGGCCUCAAUUAUGGUGAGGAUUACCGUGUGCACGAGGCCAGGAGACCCAGCCUGGCAGUAGAGGGUGGGGGCUCCAGGCUGAGGCGGGGAUACAAUGGGGGUCCCGCUGGAGGCUAUCGAAAGUACCGGUCCACAGGCAACCUGAGUGGCCAGAGUGAGCAUGACAGCUUGGUGUACCACAUGAGUGAAGACAGUGGGCUGGGCCGUGCCACUCCUCCACGCCGUGCUCCCUCACCAGGCAUGGCUAGACACCUUCCCUCUCCAUCAGGCCCAGGGUCACUUCCUCCAGGGCUCUUCUCUAAGCGGAGACAGGGAGGCUUUGAUGAUGCUGCCAGUGACAUUUCAUCCACCACCAGCUCUACAAUGGAUUACCAUGGAGGCCCAAGAUUAUUCAAGCAGCCAACAGCUAAGUCGAACAGGACCAUUAUUCUUAAUGCAGUUGAAUAUUGUGUCUUUCCUGGCAUGGUGAACCAGACAGCCAAGCAUCGUGUUUUAGAGGAGAUAGCUCGAUCAGAGUCCAAGCAUUUCCUCAUCCUGUUCAGAGAUGCUGGAUGCCAAUUCCGAGCCAUCUAUUCCUUCAAUCCCGAAUCAGAAGAGGUUUACAAAUUGUAUGGAACAGGGCCAAAGCAGGUCAACGACAGAAUGUUUGAUAAAUUCUUUAAAUACAACUCUGGUGGAAAAUGUUUCUCCCAAAUCCAUACCAAACAUCUUACUGUGACCAUUGAUGCCUUCACCAUCCACAACUCCUUGUGGCAAGGCAAACGUGUCAAUCUUCCACCCAAAAAGGAUAUGACUCUUGUUAUUUAGGAAACUUGUUUGCAAGAGACCACAGAACCCACCCUCCAUGUUUCCUGAUAUAUGAAUGUGCUUCAGGACAGUAUUUUACCUUGUUACUCCAGUGCUCCAUUCAAAAGUGUAAGAACAGGGAAUGUUUUGUGUUACUUUUACCAUGAGAAAUGUUGCCAUAUGUCAACCUGGAAUCGUACUGGGCAUCUAAAUUUUCAAGUACCAUAUUUUGUUUUGAAAUAAGCAGCCUUUCAAUAACUUUUGUUGUCUUAUUAUUGCUUGAAGCAUUUAAAAAUUAGGUUGUGGUAAAGUUGGUCAGUAUAGACAUUAGUCAGGUUGUUAUGCUUUGUCUACAGCAGAACUUGGUGAACUAAACCAGAUGUACCAAGAAGCUAUUUUCAUUCACUGGCAAUGAUUAUGAAAUGCUUUUGAGUGACAGUAAUAUAUGCUAAAGAUUUUUUUUUUUUUUUUUUUUUUAAUUCUUUUUUUAAGCAAUAUGAACAUCAGACGGACUUCUUUGUGUGGCAUAUAGUCACAUGUUUCUGUGAGGAGCAGAAUGUGUUAAGUGAUAUCCUGCCAUUAGCAGCCUUUAAUGCAUGAUGCUGUAAUGAUUAGUUUUGUAGAGUGCCCUGUUGAAGCCAAAUAUAUCUAGACAAAUUGCAGAGAUUCUUCCAGUGAGGAUAAUUACUCUUUUGGGAAGUUUGGUUUUCCCACUCUGUAUUCUCAGUUGCCUGUGAGGGUACUACAAGAUCAAAGUUGGAUUUUUUACUCUAUUCCUUUUUAUAUGAUGAGUUAGUAUGGAGUUUGUAUUGGAAACAUGGGCUUACAGUAGUGGAUAAAAAGCAGCAAGGCAUAUAUUAUAUUUUGCAGUGUUAACUAAUGCAAUUCCAUAUAACAUUCGCUUCUCGUACUAAAUCUGUGAUUCUUGUGAUCGUUAGGUAAGACUUACAACACUUGUGUGUAAGUUGCAUCUCAUUGUAUUUUAAGAAACUAGCUUACAAGGAAUGAAAAAAGAAAACCUUGCUGGAUCUGAAAUCCUGGUGUGGAUCCAGCUCUGUUUGUUUAGUCUCAAGGAUGCAGAUGAUUCCAGCUCUUAUCAAUAUUGUGUUUUGUCAUGGAUUUGUACAUAAAUGUGCAGAAGGGAAAAUUGUAAUGGACUGGAAACAUUCCAUUUUCCCAAAUACUCAGAGAUUGUAUAUCUGAACAAAGAAUUUCCAUUAGUAUGAAGAAUUUUCCAUAGCUUUUCUAUAAAGGAUUGUUAUUGUGUGUCACAUGUCUUGCGAUCCAAGAAGUUAAUCAUAUUGUACUGCUUACAUGACAUCUUCAGAUUUUCAUUAAUAUCAUCUCAUGUUUGUUUAUACAUUGAGACAUUGAAUAUUCAUUUGAAAGUUCAUCUCCAGAGGUGAAAAACAGUUUAGGAAUAAUAUUCUGUAAAGCAACUAAGCUGAUAGCUUACCUACUGGAGAGAAGGUGCUCAUACAUUCUCUUCUCAACCUUAUUAACCAAUGAUGUACGUACAUGGUGUGGAGAUGAGCACUCAGAGAGUGUGACAGCAGCUUCAGGAGGUGAGCCGUGGUCCUCUCACCCUCGCCAAACACCUCAUGGGAACAGGGGCUGAAACAAAUAGUGAAGCAUAGUACUGAUAUCACGCUAUGUUUUGAUUGUUUAUUUUCUGCCUUUUUUUCAGGAGUAUAUAAAGGGAACUGAUAAGUGUGUUGAGCUGACCUGUUGAGGUUGGGUUUUGUGUAUGGCCUCUGCACUUAGCAAGCUCUCCUUCACUAAGGGAAACUCAGGUUGUCAAACAAAUCAGCUAAAUUAGAUGGAAGGGCAAACUAACCAAAAGAUUUAUUUGAUAUUUUAAUAGCCUAAGAAUAUUGUAUCAUGUAGAAAUGACAAUAUAUAGAUGCGACAAGGUGCAACAUCCUGCUUCCCAUUUCCCAUUGGAAGAGAAGUCUGCAUGAUCUACAGUGAACCAAGCCAGAUAGAUGGUGUGAGGCAAGGCAGCCAGUAUUGGGUGUGGCUGAGAGGGUGAGGGACAUUGAGUACUUGUAUGGAUUCCACUUCCUUUGGUUAAGUGUGAAGUGUACAUAUUGUUUUAUAUUUAUUCCAACAUUUCAAAAUAGGGUGGGCUUAUAGAAAACUCCCAUGUCUGCUUGUUAUUAAUGAUAACAAUAAACUCAGAUUUUUU